CAGAUUCAUAGAUAUAGCGACCUGGUUGACGUAUUCGAACAUGGUGCGGUCCACUACCCACGUGUCCUCAUACUUCCUCAUGUUUAGAUAAAUGUUUCUCGGUGUCUUGUUCCUUCCGCGGCAGAAUAGCGAGUGAGAUGGUGUGGACUCAUGCGAGGAUGCAGUCGCCUCAUGCAGCAACGAAGUUCUUCUAGAGGACAGGCCUCGGAACUAUAAGCAGCUUGGUAGUGUUCUAAACCAGCAAAAACCGACCACUUCAACUAUGUCACUAACGUGAAAUUGAGCUUCAUUAUAGUGACAUUUAUGGUGACAUUUUUGACGUGCAGCGAGGAGCAAAAUGGCGUCAAAUACGGAAUCUGCAUCACCUUCUCCUCCCAGCGCAAGCGCAUCAGACGACGACUCACCCCACCAACCAGCGCAUUCUACAGCUAAAACACCUGCGCAACCGCUAUCAAAUUCUAAUGACCGUAGCGUGGAUAAAGACGGAGAUCUGCGCCACCAAGUGGGACAACUUGUGGUUGACACACAGCAGACCAUCGACUCGCAUCUGACAUGGUUCCGCGUUGGCCUCAUGGUGACGGUGGCUGUAUCAGUGGCUGCAUCUAUCAAGCUCAGUGGCUUGCUACACCGCGUCAAUAAUGUGGAGGAAAUUCCGCUAUGGCAGUUUGCGAGGCGCAAGAAGUUGCGUGUGCGCAUGAUCCGCCAGUCGAGACAAGACCCGAGCAUUUUCUACGUGUACCAUACGCCGUUUUUUCGUCGUAUUAUGCUGCAAGAUGUGCUACCACAGAGUUUGACGGUUAGUGUUAGUGAGAAGAAAAAAGAGAGCGACCUGCUUGCCAUUCGACCUUUUGGCGUGCAAGUUGACGAGAGCUCGGAGGAGUGGAUCUGGUCCAACUUUGUUUCAUCGCAUCGGUACAUGACAAUUCAGUUACUGCAACGAAUUCGAGUGGAUGGAAGUGAGAGCGUGGCGACAUGCAAUAUCGCGUUGCGAAGGCCGCCAUUGGGAGGAGACUUGGCCCAAGAGCUGGUCUCUCAUGGUUAUGCCGAGUGCAUUCCUGAAAAUCUGAAAAAUUACGACAAUGGAUCGGACUCUGAAAUGUUGCAACUCGCUCAGCGCCUUAAGCAAUUUGAAGCUGCUCAAAGGAAUGCUCAAGUCAUGCAGUACGGCAUCUGGAAAGACUGGCAAGAAGAAAAAUUCUCCGACCGCGUUAUAUCUGCUGGCAAAAGAGCGACCACAAAGAGCUUUAAGAAGAUCAUCGACAGUAUUCGACAUUAAGGGUUAAAUACAAUUUCCGGAACAUGCCGUGUCAAAAGAGCUACUACAUUAUUGAUCACGCGCACCAGAAUUCUAUAAAAUGAUUAGGUCACUCUAUCGGGCGAUGAAAAAGAUUAAAUGAAUGGU